AUGGGAGCGUCUUCUUCAAAGCCAUGGAGAAAAUUGGUGAAGGACACUUUUGAAGAGUGUGAAGAAUACUACAAAAAGAAAAUAAAAGAAUUGAGUGUUCUAAAAAAUGAAUAUAAUGUCGUGAUAAUCGGACCAACAGGAGCUGGUAAAUCAUCAUACAUCAACUCGAUGUUUACAAUAUUAGACGAAGAUUAUGCAAACGUUGCUCAGAUAAGAGCCAAUGGUAUAAAGUGCACGCUCAAGUGUACUGCAUAUUCAACGGAGAAAACAGAGGGUCUCAUGUGCAAUGUUAAAAUUAUUGACACCAUGGGCAUCCAAACGGACGGGAAAGGUAUACAAGAAGACAAUUUGAUUGCUGUCCUUGACGGCAAAAUUAAAAUAGGCAAUGUUGACGAGGAAGAGGAAGUUACUGAAGGAAAUAAUAAGUAUCGACCUCAUGCCGUCAUUAUUGUUGUAAGCGCUCUCAACAUAGACAGCUUGUCACCUGACUCGGUAUGGCUGACAGAAUACGAACAGAUAUUCAACCGUAUUCCAAAUGAUGUGAAACCGCUGGUAGUCAUCACGCAUUGUGAUCAACUCGGGGAUGUGAAUGGUGAUUUGAAAAAAAUCUACUUUUCGUCAAAAUUAGUGAGUGUUAUUGAAACGAUAAAGGAAAAGAUAGGCGUCACACAAGAAAACAUCUUUCCAGUGGCCAACUACGUUGGCGAAUCCGCCCGUCAUAUAACCACCAUGCAAAAUAUUACAGUUCAUAUCAUGCCGCCAAGAGAAAAAGAGGGUGUGAUAGAGGCUAAGGCUUCGGAAACUAUUGGUAGAAGAGCUGCAAGAGAUUCAAUAAGAAAGAUGGCAAAACCUCUUUCUCUGGCAAUGUCCUAG